ACAACGCCAGCAGACACAGUUCCCCGGCAACAGCAAAGUAAUGAGGAGGUGACCGCUGCUCUUCCUUCUUUUAACGCCUCCCUAGGAGAGACGUGUGGGGACAUCACAACACACGACUAAUCAAAUCGAUUCGAGCUGUUCGUUUGAUUAUUGAUGUAACUGGGACGUUUUAAUUUUCGGCGGCGGAACGGAGUUUUUUUUAGUGUCACACGGAAGCGGUAGCGUUGGGAACGGAAACCAAAUCUGUAAACAAACGUCGCAACAGGUUUACUAGCUGGAUCCAAACACAUGUGCUAAAAGACAGAGGACUAAACACAAAGAAUAUGUUUAAAAACACAUUCCAAAGCGGAUUCUUGUCUAUCUUAUAUAGCAUCGGCAGCAAGCCUCUUCAGAUAUGGGAUAAAAAGGUGAGAAAUGGUCACAUCAAGAGAGUAACAGACAAUGACAUACACUCGCUGGUGUUGGAGGUAGAGGGGUCAAAUGUCAGUACCACCUAUAUAACAUGUCCUGCAGACCCUAAGAAGACACUGGGCAUCAGGCUUCCUUUCCUGGUCAUGAUCAUCAAGAACCUCAAGAAGUAUUUCACCUUUGAAGUCCAGGUGUUAGAUGAUAAGAACGUUCGCCGGCGGUUUCGGGCAAGCAACUAUCAGAGCACGACGCGGGUGAAGCCGUUCAUCUGCACCAUGCCUAUGAGGCUGGACGACGGCUGGAACCAGAUUCAGUUCAACCUGUCAGACUUCACCAGGAGGGCCUAUGGAACCAAUUAUAUCGAGACACUGCGUGUACAGAUUCAUGCGAACUGUCGUAUAAGGAGGGUGUAUUUCUCAGACAGACUGUACUCGGAGGAUGAGCUCCCAGCAGAGUUUAAACUCUACCUGCCUGUCCAGAACCAGAAGGCGAAGCAGUAGAGCUUCCACCCCUGCACUGUUCCCCUAGACCAUGAUGUGACAUUUAGCUGUAAGAUUUUCUGUGUAGACAUGAUGAACUAUAAAACUUUGUAAUAUUGUCAUUUUGGAACUAUGAGUUUUUGAGUGCCGUCUUGCGUUGCUCUCUGCACAAUAAAGUUUUUUAUGUACUGA